ACUUGGCCUGUGAAAACCGAUUCGGCGGGCGCGAGUGCUGUUUCGAACAACAAAAGGACCCGGUUCUGGAAAGUGCAUUUUGGUUUUGUCCUAUUAUCAAGGAUUUUCCAUAAACAAAUAAGCUGAGACAACCCUGUUUUUCUGAAGCACCCCUUUUUCCACCCCAUCAAGGAUGGAGGUGUUGCUCAGGGUGUUUGCGGCCGUGCAGUCGCUUGUUCGCAUCCUGACGGGGCCGCUUUUCUGGCUGAUCAACCUGCGACCCGCACCCCCCUGUCCACCCAUCAAAGAGCCCCUGGUCUUCAUGAGCGCCGUCGAAUUAGCGCGCAAAAUCCGAACGGGACAGGUGAGGAGCCGCGCCGUGGUGCAGGCGUACGCGAGACGCAUUGCCGAGGUCAACCCUGUGCUCAACUGUAUCGUGGAGGCGCGAAUCGCGGCCGCCCUGGAGGAGGCCGACGCCGUUGACCAACUGGUCGCCUCCGGCCAGAAGAGCCCUGAGCAGAUGGAGCGCGAAACACCCUUCCUCGGUGUGCCCUUCACAGUCAAAGAGAGCUGCUCAGUCAAAGGAAUGAGUUACGAGGUGGGUUCUGUGGGUCGCAAGGGUCGUCGUGCUGAGCGCGACGGCGGCGCCGUGGCCAACAUGAAAAAGGCCGGCGCCAUCGUGCUGGCCAUCACCACCACUCCCGAACUCUGCCUCAGCUGGGAGACCAACAACCUGGUCAUGGGCUCCACCAGCAACCCCUACGACACGCGCAGGACCUCAGGCGGCUCUUCAGGCGGCGAGGCGGCCAUAAUUGGCGCCGCGGGCUCGGUGAUCGGCCUCGCGUCUGACAUUGCCGGUUCCAUCCGCAUCCCAGCCAUGUAUAAUGGAAUCUAUGGUCACAAACCCACCCCUGGAGUGAUUCCUAUUAUGGGCCACUAUCCCUAUGUGGAUGAAGACCCGAACUUCCUCAAGUACCUUGUGGUGGGUCCAAUGGCCAGAUACGCAGAAGACCUCAACCCUAUGGUUAAAGUUCUCUCAGGGGAAAACGCCAAAAAGCUCAGACUGGACGAAAAAGUGGACAUAUCAAAGUUGAGAGUUUACUACAUGGAAGACGCAGGGUUUUCGAUGGCUGUGCUGCCAGUGGACAAGUCAAUCAAAAAGUGCAUCAGGAACUCGGCUGAAGCUUUGAGGAAGGAGCAUAAUGUCUACGUGGAGAAGGCGAAGCUAAAAGAAUUCGGGCAAUCGCUGGAGAUCAGCUCGGCGGUGUUCUUUGGCAUGGACGGCAUCCCCGACCUGCUGAACAACCCGUACAACCCCAAGCAGAGUCUGAACCUGUACGUGGAGAUCCUCAAGUCUUGCUUCGGCCUGUCCAAGUUGGCCUUCUCGACGCUGGCCUUCUACUUUUUGCGCGACGUCAACUGCUUCAUUCCGAAGGGCAAGUUCCAGCACUACCUGGCCAAGAACGAGGCCCUGAGCAAGAAGUUGAGUCUCAUGCUCGGCGAUGACGCCGUCCUCCUCUACCCCACUCACCCCACGCCUGCCGGCUUCCACCACGAAAUGUACGUCAAGACCUCAGGGGUUCUCUACGCCAUGGCCAUCAACACGCUUGGCCUGCCCUCCACGCAGGUGCCCAUCGGCUUCAACUCGCAGGGUCUGCCACUCGGCUUCCAGGUGGUCGCCGGACCAAACCAGGACCGUCUGAGCAUCGCCGUCGCCCAAGAACUGCAACGUCUGAUGGGCGGCUGGAGUCCUCCUGGCACCACUUGCAAGUAGUGGAAACACGAAUCACGAAAUCACCACUGAUUGCGACGGAAAAUUGGCACAAAUUCGUCAUCCAACAAUAAGUCCGGAGACACAAUCCGAGCUGAACAAAGACUGACUCAAUCCCCUCGAGACAGGAGCGCCAACGUGCGGCGGGUGUCCUGUACCGCGGGAAAAAAUCAACGUGAACCGCAGUGCCGAAAUUCUGAAAUCAGUGUCGGGUCGGACUUUGACACUAAUAAUUACAAUAUAUGAAGAGAUGACAACUCGAUCCAGGUGUAGGGGUGCGAGUGGAAAAAAAUGAGCAGAUUUCCUUACAAUUAUAGUCAAACUUUUAUGUUUGGAGAGUUAGAGUUUUGAUUAGUGAUGCGGACAAAAUAAACUGUGUAAUUAAAUUUAGUCCUGCAUUAUAUUAUAUACUUUGUAAUGUUACUGAAACAAACUACAGUGCUUGUUACGCUCAUUAUAUAGUUUUAUUUAAAAUAUUUGAGAGCGAUUCACAGAAUCAUUUUAUAGCUUUUUGGUCAAAUCAAAAUUAAUUAUUUUUUCAGCACAUUUUACAACGUAAGUAUUAAAUCUGAAAACAAAUUAGAAAUAAUCAUGAUAUAUUUAAAUUAAAUGAGAAAGUGUGUUCUUAUUUAUUUUAGUCAUGAAUGUGAUUUGAAUCGCUCCCAAAAUACUUAAUAUUCCAACGUGCCUUUAAUUAAAUAAAUACUGUAUAAGCUUUAUUUUGUACGAUUUUGUCAUUGUUAGUGGCAUUCUGGAUGUGAACAGAAGGAGAAUAUAAUUUGCCAAACCGAUCAAGAUUCUAUGAAAACAUCACAAAUAUUAAUUAAAUAAUUUUUAUUCAGAACUAUGCUUGUCCAAUCACUACAGAGAACUGACAGAGUAAAAAUGCAGAAAAAAAACUUCACCAGAUAAUUGUAUAGUUGACAAAGAGCAGUCCCUUAAGUGUAGGACGAUGAUGGGAACAA